AUGUAUUAUCAAAAUACUCUUUUCUUUCACAAAAUAACUCCACCAACUUCUAGCAUCACAAAACCCAAAAGACAAGAGUUAGAUGCAUUCAUUAGAGGCCAAAUUAUAGGUCAAUGGGAGAAGGGUGUUACAUAUGGAGAAAUCUCUAAAGCCCUUGACAUUCUGAAGAGCACUGUUGGAAAUGUAGUGAAAGUCUUCAGACAUAAAGGUGUUUCCAAGCCCUUGACACGUCUAGAAAGAGAACCAAAAAUUACAGGGAGAACACAAUCUGCAAUGGUGUGCUCAUUUCGUAAUGAGCCAUUCACAUCAAUUGCAGCUCAGCAUCAGAGAUUAGUCAAUGUAGAAAUCUCUAUCUGCAUGACUACAUUCCGUAAGAACAUGAAACUUCUUGGCUUUAGUUCUCACUCAGCAGCUUGCAAGCCAGAGUUGACUGAUAAACAGAAGGAAAACAGACUGAAAUAG